AUGCCGCCCAAAGUAGCCAAGGGCGAAUACAUUGAGACAGUGCCCGCGGAGAUGGUUCUAGCACAGGCAUUCGCCUGGCCCGCGCAGGCCACAGCAUCCAUGUUCUCCCCUACACCUACACUUCCACCUCCAUCCUCAUCUCUUCUUGGAUCCCCCUCCCUCUCCCCAAAAGGCAAACCCUUCUCCUUCUCCCCCACAACAACAGACCUCCGCACCUGGGAAGACCUCUCCAUCCUCCUAACGCCCCCCAAGGAAACCGGCAACAAGAUCUCCCGCCGCUCGCAGAUCCACGGAACACACCACAUCUCACUCGGCGGGAAAUCCAUCAUCAUGGCGGACGCCGUCGUGCGCGGCGACCUCUUCCGCUCCUCGUCCUCGUCCUCCUCGCAAUCCCAGUCCUCCUCCUCCGGCAACAAUAACAUCGCGAUCAAUAUCGGGCGGUAUACGUUCAUCUCACGGAGCGCGAUCCUGCGUCCGCCCUCGCGGCUGACGAGGGGUGUGCACACGUACACGACGCUGCAUAUCGGGAGCCAUGUGUUCGUGGGCGAACGGAGUGUCGUUGAGGCGGCGAAGGUGGAGGAUAAUGUGACGAUUGGGAAGGAUUGUGUUAUUGGGUCUAUGGCGAUAUUGAAGGAGAGGUGUCAGGUGCUGGAUGGGUGUGUUGUGCCUGCGGGGAUGGUGGUGCCGAGCCAUUGUGUAGUGGGCGGGCAGCCGGCGAGGAUUGUGGGGGAUACGGCGAUUGCGUAUGGGGUUGAGGGGUUAGAGGGGGGACUGAGUCGGGAGAGAUAUCGGAGUAUCCGGUAG